GUGUAUAAUCAUUCUCUUCCUGUGUGUGGUGGGUGACAAUACCCUACUCUGAAGAGCGUUAAUUACAAGUGGAUGGUACGCAAGACAACAAGACUUGAUUGCUGUCUCUCUCCUUUUUCUCUCUCUGCUGUUCCCACCGCCCUCCCGUGCCGACACUCAUUCGCCAAUCCAACGUGCACUACUGCACUACCUCGGCUCAUUCGGGUCUGUAUCUUCUACGGCAAAGAAAUAAUUUACCGGUAUGUGUUGAAUGUGUUGGACAUUGCUGGAUGCUGUUUGCCCCGUAAUAAUGGAUGCCAGCAGAUCUGAGAUUGCAUGUACAAAGCCUUGGUGGGAUUAAGUUGAGGAGUAGCUUGUUCAUUGUGAUAUAACCCUCAGAAGUAAAUAAAAGGUUAUUUACGUUUGGACUUAUCACCAGAAAGGCAGAACAGGGAUGAGGUGACAAGAAUUUGUAUUGCGGAUUAAAUCAGGAUCAUAUGGCAAUAGUACAGUGCAUUGGAGAUGGCCAGUUAUUACUAUCCAAGUCAGAGAUAACAUCUACCAUGCCUACAACUCGCCCAUAACAACUCGUCUCAAUGAGGCAUUCAAAAAACAACUCAGUCGUGCGGACUGCCUAGCUAUACAGCUCUAGUAACGUAACGUCGAAGGGGAAGCGCAUAGGGCGCUUACAAACCGUCCAACUCAACAUGAGGCUGCCGUUUUUAUCAGGCUUCCUGACCACCAGGAAGCUGAUCAUACUACUGGUUUGGUAUGCCAUCGCCAUGGUGAUAGCGAUAUUCACAUUCUCGCACACACGCUGGAAAGAGGAAUCUAAUUUAUUACGUGUAUACAACUCACUAUUCUUCGUGCCCAGCGAUGUGCCUCUCGUCAAAGACUCCUUACCCACCCGGCUCCCGGAAAACCUUUACCGGCAAAACUCGACAAAUCGGUGGGAGAAUUCAAGUGUGUGGUUGCCCUUUGACCCCGAAACGGGGGAAUUCAGGUAUCGUUACGCCUCAAGGACGUAUCCGCAAAGAACUAGCAGGUUAGACGCGCUCAAAGAAAGCUUAUUACGUAGAUCAGGCAAUAGUAGUAAAUUGUCAACUCUGGUGCUUAUACGGAACAUAUCCAACGGGCAGCUCCUGUCGGAGACGCUCAACGAGGAUUUGUGGAGGGAAAGCGGGAAGGGAAGAACUCGCAACGAUUCGUUGGCCGGCGUCUUGCACGAGCUGGUCGGGGACGAUGUAGAUGACCUCUUGGGGGAGGAUAAAUAUAAUUCUUACAAUAGCUCCAUGCUCCUUGCUGCCAUUGAGAGGAAUAUGCAGAAGAUACGCCAGGAGACGGAGAUCAGCUUAAAACACUUGUCGCACCUGACCGGGAUUUUAAAUGGGAGCAUGACCAGCAAUGGCUCCUCGAAAGAAGGGGAUCUCCCUGGAAAGCUCAAAAAUAGGAUUCAAGACGAUACCGACGCCUUACCUGGGGAUGCGAGGAUAGGUAUCAACCAGGAUCGUUUUGCGUACAAAGGAAGGACAAAACAAGGGAGUGAGAUAAGCGCCCUCUCUGUUAAACAAUCAGACAGGCCUAGUCUACUAAGUGUGCUAAUAGGAAAGGACCUUGUUGAUGAAAGCAAACCAAAGCCUGCUGCGAGGGCAAGUAUUAUACGAGAACUUACAAAGGAUGCUUCAGUUAAUUCGACAGCACCUAGUAAUUCUACCAGUACUCCACUUUCCACAGAAACUCCAGAAGUUGAUGGAUACUAUCGCAUCGAUACGAGAAGGAAAUUACGACUGCAGUGCAGUUCCUGUGCGGUGAUCUCCAGUUCUGGUCAACUUCUUAACAGCAGCGCUGGUGCGCAGAUCGACACCUAUCCGUGCGUCCUGCGCAUGAACAGCGCCCCCACCAGUACCUAUGAGAAAGAUGUAGGAUCCAAGACGACUGUUCGGGUCAUGGGCCAUGUCAACCUGUUGAAGGUCAACCAGAGCGACACGGAGCAGAUGGAGAUCUUCAUAAACAAGACGACGAGAACGGAGAUGCUGGUCAUUCCGUGGCUCUACACCACCAGAAUCAACAAGAGGCGAGACAAGCACUACAACAUCGCCAAGAACUUCUCCAAGGUCUACCCGGACACCGAGUUCUACGUCCUGUCCUCUGGGAAGAUGAUCUCUGCAGAGAGCAUCUUCCAGCGGGAGACUGGUAUCACAAGGAAAGAUGCUAAGACGUGGCUUUCCACGGGCUGGAUGACCCUGCUGUUUGCUCUUGAUGUUUGUCACAAGAUUGAUGUCUUUGGAUUGGUGCCGGAGAAUUAUUGCAAAAUGCACCCCAAUGAUACCACACCUUACCAUUACUACGACACCGAGUUUAAAUCCCAGUGCACGUACUACAAGGAGAGUGAGGAACAUCUCACGUUUGGCCAUCUGUUUGUGACCGAGAAGGCCAUCUUCGCCCGCUGGGCCACCAAGUACAACAUCAACUUCCUCCACCCCACCUGGAACGUGACCGUCUCCAACUCCUCGGCGCCGCUGGACACGCCGUUCAUCAAGCUCUUCCACGAGGCGCAGCUCAACAAGACCAAGCAGAAGACCCAUCGGCACCGCUCGUUCCUCGGCGCGCGCAUCCGGCCCCGCAAGCCGCCCGUCAUCGGCCCCAAAACCAAGGAGGAGGCGGAGAAGGAGAAGUACCAGAAGCUGACGCACGCCAUCAUGUUCAUCGUUGCCAUCUUUCUAAGUUUGGUGGUUUUCCUACUCCUGUUUUUACUGCAGCACAUGAUGCUGGAGGGUGAAGACGAUGAGGAGAAGGACCGCGAGUGGGUCAGUAAUUUGGACCGGCGAACACUCAGCCGCUACCGACAUAACUACGGCUAUUGAAUCCAAAUUAUCUGACCCCCUUGACCUUUCAUAGGCUAUAUGAGGAAAUCCAAGGUGUCCAUACAUGCGAUAUAGAAACACUGCUCAUUCCUGUUCAUCUAAAGUCAAGUGAGGGCGCAAUUUAUGCGUUCUGGUCAUACUGCUGCUGAAAGUUCCCUGAAGUCUGUAAAAUGCUGAAAAGUUAAUUUAAGCACUGGAUAUUUCGCUUGACUAAAAUCAGACGUGUAAGCUUUGUUCGUAUUGCCACAGUGCUCUAUGGAAUCAACUUAACUUUCCCAUAUGUGAACAACUGCUGUUGAUACACACUUUGCCAUAUGUAAAUGAAAUGGCCCUGUUCACACGAAGAGAUAAAAUGCUCUUGUCAGUGGAAAUGAGAACAAAGCUUACAUUAUGUGUGCCGUUUAAACUAACAGUAUGCAUAGUCGUAGUUCUUUUUCCUUUUUAAUUUUUUUUAACCUCAUACCUCUGUUUUGGGAAUCAUGGUCAUAUUUAUAACAACUAUUUUCAACAUAUCCAGCUUUCUGUACUGUAUUUAAAAAAAAAUGUACUAUGCUAUACAUACAGUGUGCUAUUAAUGUAAGAUUCAUAUUCAAAUAUUAUCUCCUUGACUGGUACCAUUGUUAAUAUUUUCAUUUAGUUUAAUGUUUUGUGUAUGAAGUUAUAUAUCUAGAAACGUGGAAAGAGAAGUGAUGAAAGACAGACAUUUAAAAUGGACAAGCUAGAACUUUAUGAAAAGGAUUUGUUUUUAGUGAGAUGUGCUACAAGUCCCCCCCCCCCGAGACUGUCCCAUUACAACAAAAAACAAAACAAAGGAAAAAUUUUGGCUUGAUUUUCCGGUGGAUUAGAUAACUCGUAAUGCACUGUCUUCUGAAUAAUGAAUUAUUAACGUCUUUGUAAAAAUCGAUGGUAACUUUGAAUUUGAAUGUGUUGUUCAUUGAAGAACGUAGUGGCAAUACUCCUCUCUAUUAGAAGCAUACCAUUUCUAACAUCCUCAUCAUUCGUUCUUAACAUAUGCAUCCAUGUGGGUUGUGGUGGUGCUAGGUUCAUACAUUCUCGCAGUAUAAUCUCAUUCAUACAUGUUCACGUAUCACCAUAUUUGCAGUGUGAACAAAUGCCCAUUUUGCCAUUGAAAGCGCAUGCCAUUAAGAGGCUUCGUUCACAUUGGUAAUUUUGAUCAUCAUUUUCACUGCAAAAUACGGUUUAUUUUCUUCACCCUAUUAAGCUAUAAAGAUAUCCUGAAUAUCUAGCAAUUUUUUUUGCUCCCACAUUUGUGUUUCGAGUCACCCCUAAUCACUCUUAGUGUUUCGAGUAGGCCUUUGUGAAUUUUAUUUUCCACAUAUAAAAAGUAUAAUUCUAUAUCCAGUGAGAUUUAUCAACACAAGAUCAGUGGGUCAUGGGUUCAAAUCCUAGCCGUGGUAAGUUUCCUUCACUGGACCACGAUGCGCCCAUAUUGUUUUGGUCAGUGAGUUAACGAACCGACUCAAACCUCGGCUAGUCUCCAAAACAUGAUUUUGAGAUAAUCGUGUUCAAAGUUUGGAGGUUUUUCAGAAGGUCAUAACUUUGCACUUUGAAAGAAACCAGAUCAGUUAUUUAUACCAGUUUAAAGCAUACAUCCUAUUUUUUUGUAAUAUACAAAAUUUUGUUCGCAAUUCAUAUUCAUUCUUUCAAUAUUUGAAAAGAAACGCAUGUAUGCACUUCAAAAGCUGCUAAUUUUAACCAACAACAGGGUGUUUGAGCCAAUUCGUAACAUCAGGCAUACCAUGUGCACUGUUUUUUAGCUGCACCAAGCACAGUUUGAGCCAAUUCGAAAAAUAUUCUUGUCCGCGCAUGUUUUUUAGAGGCACAAGCCACAUACGCGCAGCAUCUAGGUCGGGUCUUUGACCUGUGCGCGCCAUUCCAGAGACUUUAUAGAUAGUACACAAAGAAAGGUUUGAGCCAGGUCGUGAAAUCAAAGAAGGGGGUUGAGCCGAUUCAUAAAAAAAACUUAAAUAUGCUCAUAUUCUUUAAAAAAUGCAACUUUUGAUCUGAAAUUUGGCAAAUCAAUAGAGUGAAUCACGAGAUUUCAGAAUAUGCAGAAUUUUUUUUUGGUUGCAAAUUUGACCGAAAAUUAGGUUUGAGCCAGUUCGUAAAAUCACUGACGAUACUGUGAAGCAUUUGACUAACAAGUAUUCUGGUUUCGUUUAUACCCUCACUUUUCUACAUCUACAUAGAAAUAUUACAAAAGAUUUUUGAGGGAUAAGAAUAUAUGUCUUUUAUUAUUCUUUAAAAAGAAAAUAAAAAUGGAAGAGCCGUGGUGUGUGGAAGAGCCGUGGUGUAGUGGUUCUGAC